AUGGUAUUGGAAGUUGACCUCGGCUCCGUAGCAGAUUAUGUGGCACAUGUAGAGCUGCGUCCAUUAAUAGAUGCAUUUCGCCAGAGAAAGAGAAUUGUAAUCAUUGCGGGAGCUGGAAUCUCAGCAUCCGCAGGAAUCGCUACAUUCCAAGAUUUGCCAGUGAAAGGCAGAGACGUGUUUAGCAUGAACUCAUAUAAUGACGAUGCUUCUACAACGCUUCUUAACGAGACAAUGUGCAGAAUGUACAGCAGUAUAAGAUCUGCAAACCCAACUCAGUUUCACCACGUUAUUGAAGAGCUUGCUAAAGAAGACCGCUUGCAUCGUUUGUACACUCAAAAUAUUGAUGGAUUAGACACGCAGCUACCGUCCCUCGGAACUAAAAUACCACUGCCAGAAACGAAGCCAUGGCCGACAACGAUUCAGCUACAUGGAGACCUAAGGACUGUUAAAUGUCAAGGGAAUCCAACACAUCUAGGUUCGUUUAACCCAGACUAUGACUAUGCAGAUACGACAGCUAUUGCCAUGGUUAGUGCCUCAGAUCUCAGGUCAAAACCCGAUGCGGUGAUUGUUGUAGGAACUGCACUUAAAGUCGAGUCAAGAAGAAAAUUUACAAUAGAUAUGUGCGCAGCAGUUCGAAAAUGCGGUGGUUUAAGUGCCUGGAUUAACCUUGAGCCUCCUUCACAACCACUUAAAUGCUUCAACAUAGUCGUAAAAGGCGACUCUGACACAAUAGCAAUGCAUGUGUCUAGCUGGUGGUUGAAGGAUUGUCCUAAUAUUAUAAGCAACGCAAACAUAAAGUACCUACAAGAUAAGUACAAGCUGUUCAUUGCAAGGUCAACAGAGGAAGCUCGUGGGCUUUUGGAGCAGGACCAGAAGAGGGAUCCGACAGCACUUGGCACGACGCAGAACAUACUUCUUGAUUCUGGGGAGGCAGCAAAAUUGAUUACCUUUAAAGCCAUCAAUCACAAUGCUAAGAAGGCAACUCCAGCGUUACCUCAUAAGACCAUACGUACACAAGCACCCUCAUCUAUAGUCCCGCCUAAAACUUCAUCUGCAUCCUCUAUAAUCCCACCAUUAUGGCAGUCUACUUCGUCCAUAGUCCCUCAUUUGUUAUUAUCUGCAUCUCAGAGCCAAGCCGCACAAGCGUCAGCGUCUAACGUCUCACAUAAACCAGUUUCUGCACCCAUCGCUUCACUUGCACAAGCAUCUGCAUCUAACGUCUCACUUAUCUCUGCAUCCCAGGCCUCACAAUUACCGACGUCUGUCUUAUCAAGUGUGCUGCACCCUUUUAUGACGACUCCGGCCCAUAGUGGUCUAGAGAUCGUACCAAAAAUUACACCUGGUUGGGAGUUAGAAACCUCAAAGAGGCUAGAUAGUGUUAUUGUCCGGGGAAUCAAAGUUAAGAACCACCGAAGUUUGUCAGUCCUUACAACAAUUACGAACUUAGGUUAUGAGGCUAAUAUAGCUUUGUCACUUUGGCGUCUAAAACAUGGAGAAUACCUUGAUGAUGAGGUUAUCAAUGCGUAUAUUGAACUUCUUCAGAGGUCUAAUCUCCCUCACGGUCAAGGAAAGUAUUCUAUAUUUAUUCCUUUUAAUGAUGCUUUCCAUUGGACUUUUGCUGUUAUCAAAUCGCAGGAGAAGGGCACCAUUGUGCAGUGGGAAUACUUUGAUAGCCUUGGCGGGAAACCACCCCAAGUAUUUUUAGACUGGAUUGGUAAUUGGUUUCCCAAAAAGCAAAGGGUUCCAGCAUUACCAAAUCCCAAGCAAAACAACGAAGUUGAUUGCGGUUUGUUUGUCCUCCUCGGUAUUCGCCUUAUGGCUUCAGGGAAGCCACAUCUGUCUAACCAGCAGGCCAUAGCGCAUACCCGAAUUUAG